GUUCGAUGCGUCUGAUCAAAGAGAAGUGUUGACGACACACGCGUGUGGAGAAAAAUAGUGGCCGGGGUAUUUUAAAUAAUGGAAAAAGUCAAAUUGAAUUCUUCAUCUUUAUUCAAUAAAAAAUUGUUCUUGCUCCUGUUCCUCCUUAAUUAUUGGCUGAAAUUUCCGGGAAACUAUUGUUAUGCCCCUAAAAGUGGAGCAUAAUUUCCCAAUCAUUCUGAAAUAUGGGCGAACGAACAAUCAACGGAAUCGCUCGCUGAAAUGUUGUCUUCGAUCAAAAGUGCAGUGACAAAAAUUAUGAUGCAAAGAACGAGAGUAGUUAUUGCGCUGGGAGUUUGUUUUUGUCUCGUACUGUUCUACAUUGCUACUUCCACCGUUGGGGAAAAUAACUCGACAAUGAAGGAAAUCCAACAAUCUGUUGAUCUACCGGAAGCUCUAGCUUACAAAGGGGAAGGAUCCAGCCGAGAAUUCCUGGAAAUACUCCUAACAGCAGACGUGAAGGGAACCAACAACAUAUUUUUCCUGGAGACCUCCCCUUUCAGCAAAGAGGGUCUCUCCUUCACAGCGAGGCAGGCUUGCUCGGUGGAAGCGGCGGCCAGGACAAACCCAACAAUGCAAGUUUAUUUGUUGGUGGCCAAUCACUGGACUAUCUCGGCGACAGGAAAGGAAACUGUGAACAGAUUGUUGAGCUACAAGAACAUUAAAAUCAAGCGGAUUUUAAUGAAGGAUUAUGUCAAGAACACACCGUUGGAGGAAUGGUGGAGUUCGCAGAUUCUCAGCAACAGUGGGUGGCCGACCCAUCACAUGUCUGAUAUCCUCAGGUACCUUACCCUCGCGAAAUUCGGGGGUAUUUAUCUCGACCUUGACGUCGUAGUCAUGAAAUCAUUGGAGCAACUUACGAAUUUCGUGGGGGCUGAGGAUUGGACGAAUGUGGCUGCUGGUGUUCUGGGAUUCGGGAUGGAUGAUUUAGGCCGAAGGGUCGCUGACGCUUGUUUAACAGAAUUGAAGACGGAUUUCCGAGGCGAUAUGUGGUCGUACAAUGGACCAGGCGUUAUUACAAGAGUUCUCAAAAAAUUGUGUAACGCUGAAGAUAUUCGCUAUAUGACGAAAGCAAGCUGCCAUGGAUUCACCGUGUACCCGCCAUCAGCAUUUUACCCAAUUUUCUAUCCCCAAUGGGACUUAUAUUUUACCGAGGAAUCGAAAGCCUCGACAAUGCGUGAAAUCCAGGAAUCAUUUGCAAUUCAUACUUGGAACAAACUCAGUAGCGAAAAAGCCAUUCCAGCCGGUAGCCAAGUGCCUUACACCAUCGUAGCUAAUAAAUUUUGUCCAAAUAUUUAUAAACAUUCUGGAAAAUUUUUUUAAGCUGAGCGUCGUCUUCCAUCCAGAAUUAUUCGUACCACGAAAAUAUUCCAAAUAUAAUUAUCAUAUCGCGUUUGCAAACUAAUAAUUAAUUCUAAUGAUAUUAUUUAUUCUGAAAAUAACAACGAAUGAAGCCCUCA